AUGGCUUCUGACUUUUGCUUAAAAGACUUCGACGCCACCACGGACGACCCGAUGGAGACCCAAAUCCCCUCGGUAUUUUCCGAGAACCCCAAGCAUGCCCACUGGAUGAAGGAGGCGUUGAAGAUGGGAGAGACAGCCCUCAAGCAUGGUGAGACUCCUGUCGGUUGUGUCCUGGUCUACAAUGACCAGGUCGUCGGCCGGGGCAUGAACGAUACCAACCGUUCGAUGAAUGGAACCCGCCACGCCGAGUUUCUGGCCAUCGCGGAGAUGCUCCAGAACUACCCCAAGUCUGCUCUCCAGUCUACCGAUCUCUACGUGACCGUCGAGCCCUGUGUCAUGUGUGCCUCAGCCCUCAAGCAGUACCGCAUUCGUUGUGUGUACUUUGGUUGUGCCAAUGACCGGUUUGGAGGCACCGGCGGUGUUCUGACCAUUCAUUCCGACCCUUCCAUCGACCCUACCUACCCGGUGUAUGGUGGACUGUUCCAGAAGGAAGCCGUCAUGCUCCUGCGCCGCUUCUACAUCCAAGAGAAUGACAAGGCACCCAACCCACGUCCCAAGAAGAACCGCGAGCUCAACACUGCAUUUGACAAGCUGCGCGAGAUCCCGCCCGGAAAUGGGAAUGAGACACUGCCAUGCUCUUAG